UUCCGGGGUGUCAUGGGAUAAACAACGACCGCCCCGCAAACUGAAAGACGGGCAUUUCUUUCGGGAAAUACCCGUGAGUCAAGGAUUAGCAUAGAUAUAUAGCGGAAAGUAAAUCUUAUUACCUUUUUAAUUAGAGGAGUCGGUUGUUAUUAGUUACAUUUAGAUUCAUAGGAGACAUUCAUCUCGCAGCUGCCUUUUCUUCAACAUCUAUAUCUCGGAAUUGCAUUUCCGUGUUGUGUGGUCGGAUAGAAAUAACUGAAACCGUAUGAAGAGGAAAGCAAAAGCUAUGGGUGCAACUCAAAGCAACUAUUCAACCUCGGGUCCAAAUAUGUCCUCAGAUACAAAACUGUCAACCGGCUCUUCAGAUGAAGAGGUAAGAUGUUUGUUCCCUGUUCCUCUGGAUAUCCUUGAGGAGAUCUUCCUGAACCUUCCUCCUGAUCAGGUGGUUCAUUCUUGUCGGUUGGUGUGCCAUGAAUGGAAAGAAGUGGCCGACAGGCAGUCUUUGUGGAGGGAGAGAUGCAGGAGAGAAGGAUACCACCUCCCUGACACUUCCAAAACACCAAAAGACUGGAGGUUGUUUUACUUCUUGUGCAAGAAGAGGAGAAAUCUCAUCAAGAAUCCAAGAGGAGAACAUAAAAUGAAAUAUUGGCAGAUACUGCAGAAUGGUGGUGAUAUGUGGAAAAUAGAGGGACUAAUGGUGCCACAUCCAGAUGAGACAGUCCAGAAAAACUUUGUGACCUCCUAUGGAGUGUGCAAGAAGGCCCAGCUGAUUGAUUUGGAGAAGGAGGGUUACAAUGCAACAUUUAUGGAUAACAUCCAGCCAGAUAUCAGAAUAUCUGAUUGGUAUGCGCCACGAUGGGACUGUGGCAGCGAGUACAACAUCUGUGUUGAGCUGCUGAAUAAAAAUAAGAAGCCAAUCCAGAUAUUUGCCCCCAAGACCAUUUACUUUGAGCAGUGGAACGAUCAGCAAUGGAAUCAGAUGACCCACGUUUUCCAGAACUAUGGACCCGGAGUGAGAUACAUCCAUUUCUCCCAUGGAGGCAAGGACACGCAGUACUGGGCAGGAUGGUACGGAAUUCGUGUUACUAACAGUUGCAUUGAGAUAUGCCCAGCUGCGGACACAUAGCUCUUUGGGAAUUAUCUGACACCUGCUGCCUGCCUUUGCUUGAAAUUGCACAUAUUGUCAUAUUUGCCUUACAUGAGAAUCUGCAGUCAUCUCACAUGUUCAUGUGAUAUUGAAAAUAUCAGUUUAUUAAAGUAAAAUCACCUUAAGAGACCAUCUGAAGUAAGCAAGUCAUUUUGAAGAAUAAAUAUAUUUUAUUUAAAUAUGAAUAUUACCUAUCACUUCAUCUUGCUGAUAGUUUUAAGAGCAUCAUACCUGCAUCUUUGCAGUGAAUUAGCUAUUUCAGUACUAAAGAGCCAUUAUAAUUCCUGAGAACACACUGUAGUUUGUUACUCUGAAAAGAGCCAUCGCCUUCCACAUUCAGCAUUCCUAAUUUUAAAUGGAAAAAAUCAUUUAACCCUUUAGUGUUUUCAAGUGCCAUCUGGUCAUGGAAAUUGUUGAGCAUGCUCUUAGAAUUGUCUAUGUUUGCUGGGUUUUGUGUUAUAAUAUAUGUGAAUUUAUAUGAAGACAUCAGCAAGUGUUGUCAUCUCAUCAUUUCUGACAGAAUCAAUGCUACAUGGCUUUGCACAGGGAAAUAAAAAAGUUGACCCUCCAACUCA